AAGAAAAUGAAAGCAGACAUUAAAGCUUAAAAAUUAGAAUCAAAGGAGAAGGAAAACAGUAAAAAAGAUCUAUUUAUAACACCAGCUUCUUUCUUCCCUAUCUUGGUCUAUUCCUCACUUGUAUCCUCUCUUUCUCCCUCUCUCACUUCAUCUGCAAAUUGUGUACAGUGUAUUGAGUUCGCGAACUAAGUAUAUUCCAGUAUCUGCUCACUCCCAAGUGCUGCCUUCUUUUUUGAUUUUUUCUUUUCUCGGACAUGGUGAGGGUGGGAAAUAGAUCACGUUCUUUGUUUCAAAGGUUGUAAGCUGUUAGAAGAUUGGAAGAGAAAGUGUACCAUCUGACUGAUUCUGCAAUGCCAGUUCCUCUUGCUCCAUAUCCGACACCUCCAGCACCAUAUUCACCACCAGCUAAUGGUUCUCAGAGCCAACUUGUGUGUUCUGGAUGUCGAAACCUUUUACUCUAUCCAGUUGGAGCAACCUCUGUUUGCUGUGCUGUAUGCAAUGCAGUAACAGCAGUACCACCUCCUGGCACAGAAAUGGCACAGUUGGUUUGCGGAGGUUGCCAUACCUUGCUCAUGUACAUCCGUGGUGCCACUAGCGUUCAAUGUUCCUGUUGUCAUACUGUCAAUCUAGCCUUGGAAGCAAAUCAGGUGGCACAUGUCAAUUGUGGGAAUUGUAGGAUGCUACUAAUGUACCAGUAUGGAGCACGAUCGGUGAAAUGUGCUGUUUGCAAUUUUGUGACAUCAGUUGGGGCCUCAACAAGCAUGACUGAACAGAAAAUCAACAGCUGAAAUUGUUUUACAGCAAGCCUGUUAUUACAAAGCCUAAAACUGCAGUUCUGGAGAUUAUGAUAUCCUCCUCUUUUGCAUCUCUCGGCAAGUAAAGCAACUCCUCCUAUUCACAUGUAUAGAGUUAAUUUUCCUUAGCAUGAUGCGUAUGAAUAAGCAGUUUUCGAAAAUAUGGAAUUUGAGAAAAUAUUCCAUAAGUAGACUGU